CAUGCGCAUCACGUUCUUGGUCUGGCGCGUUGGUGCUGAGCGAGGCAUUCCACUCGGUCUCAGAGUUUCUCUUUUGGCACAUAUUCUACUUUUGCUGCUCACGUCACAUCUUUUAUUUUCAAAGUUGCAAUCCCUGCCGAGCCUGUACCUAAUAUUGUGGCCAGUGACCUUUUUAUGAUGACCUCGUCAGGUGGCAACGUCAGGACAUAAACGGGGAAAAGGCCAGUCGACGGACAAUGCGCUAUUUGCUCCCGCCAAGGAGGAAGAGGACUUUCAUUAGGAAACUGUUUUUAUUCGCCCCUCCCAAGUUUCCCGUUCAUGGCUCGCCGUGCACCAGCCAACUUUCUGUGGGGAGCAACAGUUUGGAAGGCCAGUGUGCAUUUUGGAGUUGCUAGGAAACGCAUUCCCGCAGCACCAGGCCGGCUGGGACACAGUCGGGAGGUGAGGAAACCUGCCCACUCAUGUUUUUUUUGGGGGGGGGGGGGGGGUUGGGCAGAGGAGGAGGAGAAAUACGGAGAGGGAAGCAAGAGUGACGCUGGGCGAGGUGGGACAGGAAGAGGGCCUGACAAACGAGGAAUUUAAAGGCUCAGUGUGGGUCGCGAGACGAGAAAAGAGACACGACCAUGGACGCCGCGGCCAAGAUGUCAGGAGAGGGGAGUGCAUCAAAUCCAGCUGUGUGUCUUGUUUGCAAAGACGGCUGCUCUGGUUUGCAGCCACAUUCUUGGAGGAAAGCAUGCGUGGCCUGCGGCUGCAGUGUGGUGGACCACGCCCCCGGUAACCACGCAGAUGACGACCGGCGAAUGGGACGCCUGCUGGCCGACUCGCCCUGCGCCCACCUGACAGCCAAGGUGAAAGGGGGCGGUGGCCUUCGCCUAUACAAGAGGAACCGCAUGAUCGUGACCAAUCCAGUGGUCUCGCGCAAGGACCCCACGUUCAGUACCACCACCUACGAUUGGGCACCCGCCGGCCUCAACCAGAAACUGGCCAAGAAGUACAUGGAGCUGAUCCCAGAGAGCCAGCGUCCUGUCUCCGGGACCGGGGGGGCAGUGCUGCGUCGCAGGCAGCUCCUUAGCCAGCUCCCCGCCUAUGAUCAGGACCCCAUGGCAUGUCAGAGCCUGGCCAGUGACAACGAGGUUUCCGCCAUGCUGCUUUUUGUGAAGCGCUACAAAAUGGAGGUACUGGGUGUGGGUGAGGUGGCACUGCCCGGUGACAGUGAAGCCCUGCGGGAGGCGACCAAUCAGAAGGAACCCAAGGAGCAAAACCACGGUGACAAGCAUGCUGUGGACCACCACCGGGAUCACGGCACCGUCGCCCCUGUAGAGCCCCGCAAUGGAACAGAGAACAACGCGCAAUACCGUUGCUCCGGUUGCGGCGACAAUAUCGCAUCAGACAACCCGGCGGUUUUUGCCGAGCACGCCGGUUACCAUGCUGCCCUGUGGCAUCCCGCCUGUUUCACAUGCGCCGAAUGCGGCCAGGGAUUGGCGGACCUGGUCUACUUCUGGUACGAUCGGAGGCUGCUGUGCGGACGACACUAUUGCCAAAGUGUCAGGCCACGCUGCUCCGGCUGUGACGAGCUGAUCUUUGGCGAGUCUUUCCACAUGGCACAAGAUGGCCGUGCGUGGCAUCACCAGCAUUAUUGCUGCUGGAGGUGUGGACAAAGCCUGGAUACGCCCUGCCACCACUGACGCACACAUACACACACUGACAGAGUACAGUGGUACCUUGACUUACACUUGAUGAAAUCUGUUUAUUUCUUUGAUUAUGUCGUUAUUGAUGACAGUGCUAUUUUUCUGGAUCAAACUGGACUGGAUUAAUGGCAUUUCAGUUCAUUUCAAUGGGGAAAGUUGAUUUGGUCAGUCACGGUACCACUGUACACAUACUUUAAGCAUGUUGCUUAGCCUGAGUGGAGUCUAUCAAGUGUCCAACAGCAUCGUUUGGAGUGCUUAACAGGACUUUUAUUGUAGUGUGGACGCGUUUGGCUGAUUUAUCGCCUCAUAAAUUGCCGGCCGAGUGACGUGAUCCAGAUGUGAACGCUCGCUCGCAAGGCCUUUGGAGAUGUUUGAAUGAGCUCAUAAUUGACAUUCAAGUUUGCCAGACUGGACAUCUUUUGACUGUAGUAUUCUUUUUUUUUUUUAAUACUCUCUCUUUGUCUCUCGCGUGCGGAGACCCACAUUUUAAACGAUGUCAAAUGAGCAAAUUUCCCCAAACUGUGGCUUGCAAUACACCCUGGCUGCAAAGCAGAUGUGGAAUCCAUAAAGCUGAUGUUUACAAAGUUCUAACAUGAAAGCAUUUUAUUUUCA